AUGCUAUUAAAUUCAAUGAAUGUAUGGAUUGCAGGUAAUGCAGCAUUAGUACUUGCAAGAGUAACUAUUGAAGGAAUUGGUUGUCAUCUAAUACUUACACAUAAUAAACAUCAUGAAAUAUUAAAUCAACUUUUAACUGCUCUUGAUAUAAAUGAUGCUAAUCGUUCAACAAAUCUUGCUUUUACGAUUGCACGUUUAAUUGAAGAAGAAGAUGGAAAAAAAAUCUUAAUUAAUAAUUGUGAACAAAAUCAUUUUUUUGAAAUAUUAUUAAAAAUGUUAGAAAUAAAUCCAGAUAAAAGUAUAAAUAAAAAUGCUUGUUAUGCAUUAAGUUGUUUAUGUACAAGUCAAUAUGGUUAUCAAUUAUGUAUUCAAUCAAAAAUAUUAUUCUAUCAAAUACUUGUUGCUAUUGAAAAAAUAUUAUUAUCCUAUGAUCAUGAAACAGUAUGGUUUGCUUUAAUGUCUUUAACAUCAAUUGCUAAAUAUGAUGGAGCUAAUGAAUAUUUAUGUUAUUCGAAAAAUUUAUUAAAAAUAAUUAAACUUCUACAAGAAAAAUGGAUUGAUUUUAAAGAUAUUCAAGAUGAAUCGAAGCUACUUUGGUUUAUGUUACAUAAACAUAUUAAACCUAAUCAACCAAGAAUUGAUAGUAUUCGAAAUACAUCUGUUCAUAUUUCUUGGGAUUCAUAUAUGAAUAGUUCUAAUGAACAGGAUAUACAAUAUUGUAUUCUACUUGAUGAUGUACCGAUUAAGAUAACACGUAAAACAAAUUAUUUAUUAAAUGAUUUGAAAUCAAAUGCAUUGUAUAAUGUCAAAAUUCAAUAUAGAACAACACACGGUGAAAGUAUGCCUAGUGAUGCAACUAUAUUUCAAACGGAUGAUGAAUUAAUACCAUCCAUUAUCAAUCUUCAUGUUGUUCGUACAGCAAUGACAGCAGUUCGUAUAGCUUGGGAAUCAUUGGAUAUCAGUACAUGCCAUUCUUUCAAAGGUUAUCAAACAUAUAUAGAUGAUAUUGAAUAUGAAUUUACAACUCAAUGUGGAAUAACAAUUGGUUCAUUAGCAAUUGAUACAAUAUAUAAUAUUAGUGUAUGUAUAGUAACUAUGAAAGGGAAAGGACCUUGUUCGUCGAUUAAUGUAAAAACAGAUUCUGCUGGUGAUUGUCUUCCAGCACCUCCAACAUUUCCAGUUAUUGGUCGACGUGAAUUACAUAUCAAAUGGCAAGCACCAGAAGUUAUUUCUGGUCGUUUUUCUCGUUAUGAACUUAUUUGUAAUGGUCGAUGUAUUUAUUCGGGUACAGAGCAAGAAUAUCAUGCAACAAUGCUUAAAUCAAAUACAGAAUAUACAAUAGCCGUUGUUCUUAUCACUAAUGAUGGUCGUUUUCGUAGUCGAACAGUAAAAACAAGAACAUUAAAAGAUGAAUUUCAUAAUUCACCUCGUCAUUCACUUUAUGAACCACCAACACAAAGUCAACUUAAAUUAAAACGUAUAGAUACAUUUCAUGUUCGAAAAACAUCAUCAAAUCAAAAUAAUCAAAUUCCUACUACUCGUUUUCCAAAAGAUUCAUCUUACAAACAAACACUACCCGUUAUAUUUCAAAAUUCAAAAUCACGUCCUAGUCGAAAUGUUCAUCGAUCAAAAACCGAACUAUAUUCACAACAAAUAACAGUUCCUAUUAUUAUUCCUUCACUUAAUAUUAAUCGUCCUCUACAAAUCAAUCAUUUAACACAAUCAAAAUCAGUUGAACGCUUAUUACCUCAUUUACCUCGUAGUUUGCAACGGAUUAGUUAA